UUCCUGGCCACUCAUUGAAAUGAUAUCACAGCAAAUCAUUUGCCAGAUCUGAAGUACCGACCGACCGAGUACUUUUUCUCUUAUGCUGACUAGGGUCCAUCAAGCACUGCAUUAAGGUUGUGACAUUGCAUAUAAGACCGUGACGAGACGCUUUCACUUGAGUUGCAAGAGAAACGCCAGAGGAUGGAGGAUUCGAGCGAGCCCCUGCAACCACAUUGCCUGGUUCUGUCAUACCCAACCCAAGGCCACAUCAACCCCAUGCUCCAAUUCUCCAAGCGUCUACUCCACCGAGGAGUCAAAGUCACUCUUGUCACUACCACAUCCAUGUCCAAGACCCUGCAUGGAUCCUCCUCAUGCACCUCAAUCCCGCUCGAGGCGAUCUCCGACGGGUUCGACGUCGGUGGCAUUGGGGCUGCGGGUAGCCCCGAAGCCUACCUCGAGCGCUUCUGGAAGGUCGGACCCGAGACCCUGAUCGAGCUGGUCGAGAGGCUAAUCUCCCGCAGCCUUCCGCCGACUUGCAUCAUCUACGACUCGUUCUUGCCUUGGGCUCUUGAUGUGGCCCGAAAAUUUGGGCUUGUUGGGGCUGCUUUCUUCACCAUGCCUUGUGCUGUGGCCAGUGUGUUUUGCCACUGCCAAAAGGGGUGGCUUGAAGUUCCUGUUAAGAAGCAGGUUUUGCUUCCUGGAAUGCCUCCCCUUGACCCUCAAGAUAUGCCAUCUUUCGUGUGUGAUGAGGGGUCAUAUCCAGCUUUCUCUGGCAUGCUUGUGAACCAGUUCUCCAAUCUUGACAAAGUGGACUGGGUGCUUUGCAAUACAGUAUAUGAACUUGAUCAAGAAGUUGCGGACUGGUUCAUGAAGAUCUUGCCAUUCAGGACCAUAGGACCAACGGUACCAUCAACCUUUUUAGACAACAGGCUUGAACAGGACAAAGAAUAUGGCUUCAGCAUCUUCCAACCAGAUCACGACACCACCAUGAGAUGGCUCAGCACAAAGCCAAAAGGGUCAGUUGUGUACGUCUCCUUUGGGAGCAUGGCGGAGCUAAAGGUUGACCAAAUGCACGAGCUAGCAAUGGGACUAGAGAGAAGCAACUGCUAUUUCCUCUGGGUGGUCAGAUCAUCGGAAGCAGAGAAACUCCCACAAGGCUUUGCAAAGGGUACCGAGACAUCCCAAAAGGGUCUAAUCGUGACAUGGUGUCCUCAGCUCGAAGUCCUUGCGCACGAGGCGCUAGGGCUUUUCGUGACACACUGCGGUUGGAACUCGACCCUGGAAGCGCUCAGCUUGGGCGCGCCGAUGCUGGCGAUCCCGCAGUGGACCGACCAGCCCACGAACGCCAAGUACAUCACGGAUGUCUGGAAGAUGGGGCUGAGGCCGCCGGUUGAUGAGGAAAGAGGUGUUGUGACGAGUGAAGAGAUAGAGGAUUGCAUUAGGAAGGUAACGGAAGGUGAAACAUGGAAGACAAUGAGGGAAAAUGCGGGAAAGUGGAGGAAAAUCACCAAAGACGCAGUUGGUGAGGGGGGGAGUUCCGACAGGAACAUUGAGAAGUUUGUUGCUAAAUUGGGCGCUAAGACUUGAAAAAGAAGGAAAAGAGAAAUGAUCGACAUGCGAAGAACUGUCAUAGCAGCGAUCGAUCUACUUAUGCUUGGUCUCGUGUGUUAGGAAUGUGAAUGAAAUAUCUAUUUGCGUGUAUGUCAUACUUUGUAGCAUCAAUUUUCUGAACAGAUCUCGAUAAUAUUAGAUACUAGUAAUUAUUAUGUUUCAGGUCAUAA